UGCUCGGGUUGUUGCUCUCCGCUGUGUUUCGAGUCGAGAGCGAGACUGUCUUCAAAAGCCGAUAAUAUUGAAACCUGUCCAGGUGAUUGUUUUCAUAACAUAGCAGUGGAAAUUUGCGAAAAAGCUGCAAUUACAAUGAAAGUUUUCCGGUAAAUUAUUUGUCGUCAAGUGCCAUGAACUGUUCGCUGAAGUAGUGAUUUUAGAAUUUGUGCAAUAUGGUUUUUUAUGUGUAUUUAUCAUGAUAAUUUAAGCACUGACAGUUGUGUUCUAAAGCCUUCAUUUUAGCUAAUUGUUAUCGGGGAUGUGAACUGGAGAUAAGGCAAGAAAAUAUCGUGACAGCAAACAAUGGACGACAAGAAGAGCUCGCGCUACGUAAGCUCGAAAGUUUCGGAGAUCGCAAAUAGGUUUCAACAGAACCAGUGCACGAACAAGAAAGAAGAGAUUAUUGCACCCCUGACUAAAGUGACGAAAACUGCGAAAUUCGGCAGCAAUCAUGUGGACAAGAUCAACGAGAACGCUGACACGCCAAACCCGCUCGUACGCACGGAAUCGCACGUGACGCGCUUCAAUCACGCCCGGGCGCUGUUCGAGAAGCUCGGCGAGGAGAACAGCCGAAACAGCAGGCGGGACCGCGCGGCGCCGCUGCAGUCGACGAAGAGCGCCUCGAGCGUUUUGGACGCUUCCGCGCGAUCGCGUAGCAGUUCGGCGAACAGCGAGCCGGCCAUCGGGCCGAGGGAUUGCAAGUCGUUCGAGUUCGAGAGCGCAUCGUCGAGGAGUCCAUCGCCGCCGACGUCCAAGAGGAUCGAGACGGUGGAGAAUGAGAAUAAAUUUAGCGAAACAUUCCACGCACCAAAUGAGACUAAAAUCAACGGAGUCGAUCACAACAAGCCGUCGAAAACGGCGGCGAACGCCACCUUCGAAGAAGAACCCCGCAACCAGCUGAACGAACCGAACGGCAACGUGCUCCAACAAGCCGACGAUCGGAACGCGUCGAAACCGGCCCUGAUGAAGAAACCCGACCGGCCGGACAAGCCGGAACGGAAGCUGAACAGCAAGGAACUGAUCGAGAAGCAGCGCAAUUGGACGUCGCAUUUUUCGAAAUCGCGCUCUAACCGGUAUAGCAGCGAUCCCAAUAAGCAGGCCGAGGUCAAGUUGCCGCCCAGCAGGACCGCGUGCGACAACAGGACGAACUCGUCUUCCGCGGCGGCCAUCAGGAGCGCGUCUUUCAACAACAAGAUACGCAGCCCUCCGACGUCGCCGCCGCCGCCCCCUGUUCGCACCGAGGCGUCGAGGCGGCCGAACGCGGUAGGUCGUAAGGAGAGGCCGGUCUCGGUGAUUCCCACGCCGUACAAGAGUCCGGACGUCAGUCCGACGAAAGAGACCAGGGACAAACUGUCGGAUUCCGUUUUUUCCAAGAAGGGACCGCUGUUCAAGUCGGAAGAAAACUGUUCGGCGCAGAGGGCAACGUCUAACAACGACUAUAUAUUCAAGAAUAACGCGUACGUGGAGAGCAUAAACAAUUUUUGUCUGCACCCGCCGCCCGCGACGAUCGUUGGCGCGAGCAACAAGGCUCAGGUGUUGGACGAGGUGGAGGCGAAUAAGGAGAGUUUGUCGGCUACCUCGGAAAGUUUGUCCUCGCUCAGUCCGCCCAGCAGUCCUAGUAAAGUGAAGAGCGAGAACGAGAAGCAGGAACAGGAGGCGAACGAGAAGUCGCAGUUGAUUCUGGAUGGGCCGGAAAAUAAAAAAGAAGACAAUAAGACUGAAGAUAUUAAUAAUGUGCCAAGGAGGAAGAAGGUUUCCAGCGUUUCUAUCAACUUACCAGCAGCCGGUCUGGGAAGCCGGCCAGCCUCCAUCGUCAGUUCCUCAACGACGGACGAGGGAGGUUUCAACGAACCCCUCCCGAGAGUCGAGGCCAAGCUGAAACCUCACGAGGAAUCGCUGUACGAUCUGCCGAUGAACGAGGACAAACCGUUAGAAUAUUCCGACGACGAUGACGAUUACAAAAAGCCCAUUGAGGUGACCGAUGUAUCGCCAAUAUCGCCCCCUAAGAUCUGCCGGUUGAGUCAGGAAGAAAUAGAAGCUUUAUAUGCUGUGCCACACAAACCGAACAGUGUUGUACACCAGAAAUCUACCACUUCGACCGACUCCGAUACAUCGCAGGUAACUGUGAUCCCUCAACAGAAAUCCAUCGACUCCGAUGUUAUGUACAAUACCACUAUAAAUAACAGCACUAUAGUUACAUCGUUAGACAGCCAUGAAGAAGAGAACUGUGAUGAAAUGAACUCGAAUAUUAAAUCAGAACCGUUUAUUAUGGUUAGGGAAGCUUUGCACGACGACGAACGAGGCGGUACCAGGACACCGGAAUUGCAGAAAUCAGAAGCUAACAUCCUGGAUUUGAACGACGUGGAAUAUGUCGAUGCUAGUGAUAACGAAGAUAGUUUUGGAGAGAAGAAGACUGAGCCGGAUGCGAUGACUCCGCAGGAAGCAGAAAAUUUGCUCAGUACCCAGAUACUCGAAAAGAAAAGAGCCGAAAUAUUAUCCGACGAGGAGGCCCAAGAGGUGGCUCGCAUGCUCAACAAAGACGGCAAACUGAACAAAUGGCAACCCGACGCCUCAAGCUCCUUGCUCCAGGACUCGGUCACCAGCUCGAUAUACGAAUCGUCUGGAGCGGUGUCCUUGAACGACAGCAUGGGACCGCCGUCUUUGCAGGACGAAUCGACGGCCGAAUCAACGGAACACCUGAGCGACUACAUAAUCAACCGGACUCCCGAAGCCACGGACAUCUCUAAGCAUAGGGAGGUCGAGUGUUCACGCUCGCAGAUCUACGACUCCACCUCUAGCAUCGACACGUCCGCACACGACGAAGCUUUCACGCAGUCGAAGUGUGAUGUGAGCGUUUCGGAUUCUGGACUACUUGGAUCAGUAACAAGCUUGUCCGAAGCAAAUAAUCUGGAGCUAAUGAAUGGUUUCACCCCGAAAGCUGUGCCCAUUGUUGGUGUCGAACAUGGAGUUCAUUACUAUGAGGAUGGCCACUUUUGGAUGGAAGUCCCUGGAUUACCCCUAGAAGACGAAGAUGAUGAUCUUGACUGUCCUAAUUUCAUUCCUAAACCAAAUACUAAGGUGCAAUUCACAAGUCAACCUAUAAAGGUGUAUUCUACCUUCAGCAUAUCAGAAUACGAUAGGCGAAACGAGGAUGUUGAUCCUGUCGCCGCUUCUGCUGAAUACGAACUCGAAAAACGCGUAGAAAAAAUGGAUGUAUUCCCUGUUGAACUUGUCAAAGGACCGGAAGGAUUGGGCUUGAGUAUAAUAGGUAUGGGAGUUGGCGCCGACGCAGGCUUGGAGAAAUUGGGAAUUUUCGUCAAGACGAUCACCGCUAAUGGUGCUGCAGCUAAGGAUACGAGAAUUAGGGUAAAUGAUCAAAUCAUUGAAGUUGAUGGUAAAAGUUUAGUAGGAGUAACUCAAGCUUAUGCGGCUAGCGUUCUUAGAAAUACAUCCGGUUUAGUCAAAUUUCUGAUUGGUCGAGAGAGAGAUCCAGAAAAUAGUGAAGUAGCUCAGCUAAUCAAGCAGUCAUUGCAAGCUGACAAGGAAAGGGAAGAAAGGAGACAGAGGAUCUUGGAAGCGGAACAACAACAAAGUGAUGCCAGUACUGCACCUUUAGGUUCCGCUAAUACAAGUGUAUCAGAUGGCCCGACAAGUCCCACGGUCAUCGCCGAAUCAUUGUUUGACAACGAACAAGAGAACGAUGUUGAAGCAUUGAGACAACUUCUUCAGGAGACACAGCGUAAAUAUAACAUAAGCGAGCUUGAGGUUGCAAGACUGAAAACCAAGCUUAUGGAACAGAAUGGUAUAAAAUCAGAUGAAUCAGAGAAACUUGAACAAACUAAUCAGAAACUAAAGGAAACAGAAAGAAUCUUACAAACCACUAAGAAAGAAGUUCAAACCUACCAAAAUAUGUUAGAACAGUCACAAUCACAAUACUUAGCAUUAGAGAAGAAGUAUAAUAAAGCGAAACACUUGAUUAGAGAAUUCCAACAGAGAGAACUGGAUAUGCUGCAUAGGGAAGAGUUUUAUCAACAGCUUCUACAAGAAAAAGAUAUCGAAUACAAUAGUCUAGUCAAAAAUUUGAAAGAUAGGAUAAUAGCUUUAGAAAAAGACCUACUGGAGACGCAAAGAAAAGCAGGGUUGCCAAUGGUGCUACCUUAUGAUAGUAAUAAUCUAAAACAAUUAACGCCCAAGUUGACGCGUAAACAACCUCCUAAGCCACUAUUUCAAUCUUUGGAGACCGAUUUUUCCGACACUGAAGUCUCGGACGUUAGUCCUGACGAUGAUAAGACUGCCACUGUAGAACGUAAGUUGCCCAUUAAAGAAGAAUUCGAUAGCGCAGUUCCUCCUCACGAACUUCUCGACAUAUCAGCGAAUAAGAGCAAAGCAGAACUGGUAGGAAGAGGCGCGUUAGCCAAUAGGCAACUUCCUACAGGAAAAAAGGGAUCUCUAAGUAAUAGUAGCUCAGACUAUGGUUUGGAUGAAAGCUACAACUCUGGGGAUGAGCUAGUGGACUCGGCUUUUUCUCAAAGUGAUAGCAGCUACACUCCAAAACAGAAGACUACCCGACCCAACACAUUGAACACAUCAUUAUACUCCCAGUAUGCUACCGCACAGCAAUUACAGUACAAUGCUCAAAAUACGCAGUAUUCAGUACAAUACAGCCAAAUCCAAAGUGCAAACAUUUAUUCCACUCAUAAUACUAUACAACAACAGCAACCCUCGAACACCAACGUUGUAUACGCUAAAAUACAAAAGGAAUCGUCAAAUGUACAACAAAGCAGUCCUGAUCCAUGGAACGGGCCACAAACUAAAAUGCCGCCGUUAGGCAUGGGACCUCCUGCUUCAUUGGCAGAACAACUGAAACAGGUUUUGGCGCAGAGAGAGAAACGCAACGAUAGCUUAUCAAGUUCAACAGAUGAAUUAAAUGAAAAAAGCAAACACGACGCUGCUCAACACCUUCUCGAAGAAAUCAGACAAGCGGUCAAUGAAGCAAAUGCCAAAGUUAAAAAAGUAGCUCCAGUUAGUUUAUCACCGCCAGGUUCAACACCUUGGCAGCACCAGGGUAACACAUCACCAACUCCACCUUCGCCUUCCAGUUUAUCAUCAGGGUCGGUGUCGCCUUCGCGGCAUGAUAUGUCAUGGCCUACAACCGAUCUCAGCCUCUCCUCGCUAAGUAUUUGUAGCGAAAAGAGGCCUAGUGGCUUCUGGCAUUCUGUACCAGUAUCGGAAUGGACUAAAGAGCAGGUUUGCCAGUGGCUUGCAGCGCUUGGUCUUGAACAUCAUGUGACUAAAUUCGUAGAACUCGAAGUAAAUGGGCCGUCACUGUUGCUCCUAACCUCGACAGAUUUCAAAAUUUUAGGCAUAACGAGCGACGAGAAAGCUCGUCUGAAGAGAAAAAUAAAAGAACUGAAGGUUCAGGCGGAGAAAGAAAGGAAACAAAUGGAAAAAGAGAGGAAAGAAAAGGAGAGAAUGAGGAGAAAAGCUGAGAAGGCCAGUAAAAAAAAUAAGUAACUUGUGAACCUUCGACGAAUUGCCAUAUUGUGGGAUUUUUUUCUGGCCUAACUAUAUUUUUGAGGCCCACUUUUGUUUCCUACUUGCCAUUUAAAAUUUUCAAAGUUCUUGAAAAAUUAUAUUUUCAUGUCAGGUGUAAAUAUGUUUAUAUAUUUCCUAUUUAUUUAUUUAAAAACAAUAUAAAAUGAAUUUACUCUUA